GCCCCCUCCGCCCCCCACCUUCGAGCCCCGCAGUGAGUUUGAGCAGAUGACCAUCUUGUAUGACAUUUGGAACUCGGGCCUGGACUUGGAGGACAUGGGCUACCUGCGGCUCACGUACGAGCGGCUGCUGCAGCAGACCAGCGGGGCUGACUGGCUUAACGACACCCACUGGGUCCAUCACACCAUCACCAACUUGAGCACUCCGAAACGGAAGCGGCGGCCCCAGGACGGGCCCCGUGAGCACCAGACAGGCUCAGCGCGCAGCGAAGGCUAUUACCCCAUCAGCAAGAAGGAAAAGGACAGGUACCUGGAUGUGUGCCCUGUUUCGGCCCGACAGCUGGAAGGAGCGGACACUCAGGGGACUAACCGUGUGCUUUCGGAGCGCCGGUCCGAGCAGCGGCGGCUGCUGAGCGCCAUCGGCACCUCUGCUGUCAUGGACAGUGAUCUGCUGAAGCUGAACCAGCUCAAGUUCCGGAAGAAGAAGCUCCGGUUCGGCCGCAGCCGGAUCCACGAGUGGGGCCUGUUUGCCAUGGAGCCCAUUGCAGCUGACGAGAUGGUCAUCGAAUACGUGGGUCAGAACAUCCGCCAGGUGAGGCCCUGUACCCAGCACCCGGUCCGAUGGCAGCACGGGACGCUGGCAUGAGAACCACCUCAUCUCUGGGUGGUUGCCCCACAUCACCUCCCGGUUCCAGGACAUAGCUGGUGAAACCUGCCUCGUUGUGUUUCCUUCCUUCCAUCGACAGUUAGUAACGGGUGCUCUUAAACUAGAUGGUGAUGAUCCAGCAAGAGGCAAGACCAGUGUUGUCUCUCGCUUUAAGGGCCUCAUAGUGCAGUGGGGGAAGACAGCCACUGCACAAAGAACUGCACCGAAGGAUGGCGUUCGGUUGAUCAGGAAGGGGAAGUUCAGGGAGGCAGCAGCUGUGGGCACACAGUGUUGUGGAAGCCAGGAGCUGAAGGAUGAUGACAAGCUCCCAGACUCAGAUGAGGGGAAGGGUGCUCCCAGUUGCCAGACAGCAUGUGCAAAGGCCCGGAGGCAGGAUAGUCUUAGGGCAAGGAGGUCAGUAUGGCUUGUGGGGAAAACCAGGGCCGGCGGCCACAGUGAAGGCUAGAGAGGCCGGUGGAGGCCAGGUUGUGUGGCGCUUAGGAGCCGGGUUAGUGAGCUGGGGCCAGCAGUA